GGAUUGAGCCACCCAGGUGCCCCUGAAAGAGGGGAUCCUUGACGGCUUGGGUUCCAGGGAGCCCUAGAGGAUAUUCGGACUUGAGCUGGACAGGAGUCAGGUGAAUAAGGAUGUGUCGGAGGAAGUAACUGGAGUAUGGCCAUACUUUGGAAGGAAAAUCAGCCCCGGGGCUGAUACGUUUCCCCAUCUUGGUCCAGAUCUGAGAUUGAAACCCAUUGCCACGAUUUUGGGUCUGGUGUUCUUGCCACUAUGCCUCACCGGGGAGGGGCCAAAAGGACAGGUUGGUGUGUGUAGAAGUACCAGUCUCUCGUGGCUGUGUUUUGCAGGUAUCUGCCCUUUCCUGCAUAGGUCUGACCUGCUCAAGGCUCUGCAUCAUGGCUUCUUCCUCCAGGAAGCCCUGGGAGAACCGGUCAUGCCCUACACCGCGGGCCCCCAACUCUAGGGACUUGGGUCUUAGCAUUCCCAAAGGGGGCUGCAGGCCAUGGUCUCUGUAUCCACCGCACCUUCAUGGUGGGCUGGCCCGUAAUUGGAUCUCAGCGAGCAUUGGAUGGGUGGGUGGGUGAACGAGUGAGCCAGUUAAUUUUUGUACUCUUUGACGGUCCUUUGGGGGAGCUUAGGUUGCAGGCACUGAGGCAUACUUCCUUCAAGCGUGGGCAAACUAGGACUCUUUAAUAAAAGAGUCCUUUUUGGAAACCCUCUGCACCCUGCUCACUACUGAGUGACUGGGGUUUUGAGAACACAUUUUCAUAGGGCUGGCUCUGGCCCAGAGCCUUCUGAUGAUAAAUAGGACUGGUCACAGACUGUAGGAUAUCAGGGCUGAAAGGGCCUGAGACCGUUGAACUUGAGACCUUAGAGGUGGGACAUCGCAGAGCUAGGACCAGCAUCCUGGUCCUUCCUCCCAGCCGGGGGUUCUGCUCCUCCGUAGGUCUGCCCAGACCCUCCAUCCCCUGCCUCUUGUCUGCGUGCUUCCACCUCCUGAGGGAGGCCAGUCUGCAGGGCGGGGGCAAGGGUUGGCUGUGCGGGAUGAGGAGAGCUGCCCGGUCUGGCUGGCUGGCUGGCAAAGUUCAAAUUCACUAGGAGGGAGGCUGUUCAGGUUUCACUUCACAGGGGCCCUAGGAACUGAGAAGGCAUCAGAGGCCGAGAACUUCCCAGCGGCCUGGAGACUGUGCCAAGCUCCCCAUUCUCCCCACCCUGGACCAGGGGAUCUCUUGGUACCUCUACCCCACGUUGUAGGGAAGCAUUUCUUGUGGCCCAAGUAGAGAAAGAAUUUACCAAUUUCUGCCAGGCAAUUGGAGUCCAGCUCUGGAAGGGAGUAGGGAAGAGGGCAACUCUGCCCCCAGGUGUCUCGGUUACUUGGCUCAGUCUUGGGUGGCCGCUAACUGCUGGCACUCUCCACCUGGUUCGCUGGCCUCUCUACCAUGGAAGGCUGUGAAAGCCCCUCCCCAGUGCCAUGUGGCCUUGGCAGUGAGCACUUACCCGAGGGAGAGCACCACACCCGAGACUUGGACAGGGAGUGUCAUGGGCGGCGGGUGGGCACGAGAUCACUUAGCCGUUCAGUUGUAAAGAACCUUAGACCGUAUAUAGACUCGUUCUCAUUUUACACCUGUGAGUCCCUGGUGUGUGUGUGUGUGUGUGUGUGUAUGUGUGUGUGUGUGUAAAGCAGCUUGUCCAGGCUAUAUAGCAGCAAAAGUUGUUGAAAUUGGACUAUUCUGUCCUGGUUCCCAGUUCAGAGCACUUGGCAGCAUUUCGAAUGCUUGGAAUUAGAGGGAAAGGCAUGUCAGGUAUCCAGUACAUGCCAGACACCUCUGGACAGCGGCUGUCCGCCACUGCGAUUCCUGUCCCUGCAAGGGGAUCCACCCUCGUCCCACAACCGGGGAGGUUGACUCCACCCUCCAUCUCCUUCUCCGCCUCCGCCAAGCCUCCGCCACCGCCAGGUCUGCAGCAGUGACCUCUCCUCACCUGUCCGGGCCAGCACCUGGGGAGGCAUUUGCAUUCCUGGCAUUCCUCUGCCUCUGGGGGCCAAAAGGGGCGUGAGUGGCGGCGAGGGCGGUGUGGGCGGCACGUGGGUGAGAGGGAAUGCUGCCGGAGAAGAAGGGCUGCUAGUCCGUCCCGCCCUGACAGCCGCUGCUCCCCCUGCUCCCCUUUGGGGGUGAGAGAGUCCUCUGCCAGGUGCCCCCGCCAGAACUUCCACGAGCUGUCUCUGCGAGGGGGAUGGCGUUCGUCUCCGUGUCCUCGCCCUGCAAAUGCCUGUACUCAUGGUCCCCACCUCACGCGGGGUCCGGCGGGCCACUACCCAGGUCAUAAGCGGGACUGGGGCUCUCAGACAGGGCAACAAAAGCAACUUUCCUCCAAGCCACUGCCACCUGUUGGGUUUUCACACAUUGGGGGAUCUGAGGGAUGAGCUAUGUCCCCACCGAGGCUCCCCGCACCCACAGGCGUGUAGCGUGGCCUGAGGAGCCGGACCUGCGCGGAAGGCUGGCAGAAAUGGGCUCCUGGCAGAGGCCGGGGCACUCAGUGGCAGCAAGGAGGAGAGGCCUGGGCGUCUGGAGCAGGGCCGAGCCACGGCAGCCGGGGAGCGCGUGAAGCCCACCAUGGUCCAGAGGCUGUGGGCCGGCCGCCUGCUGCGGCACCGGAAAGCCCAGCUCCUGCUGGUCAACCUGCUGACCUUCGGCCUGGAAGUGUGCCUGGCCGCCGGCAUCACCUACGUGCCACCCUUGCUGCUGGAGGUGGGGGUCGAGGAGAAGUUCAUGACCAUGGUGCUCGGCAUUGGUCCAGUGCUGGGCCUCAUCUCGGUCCCACUCCUAGGCUCGGCCAGUGACCACUGGCGUGGGCGCUACGGUCGCCGGAGGCCCUUCAUAUGGGCCCUGUCCCUGGGCGUCCUCCUGAGCCUCUUCCUCAUCCCGAGGGCCGGCUGGCUGGCGGGGCUGCUGUGCCCGGAUGCCAGGCCCCUGGAGCUGGCCCUGCUGAUCCUGGGCGUGGGGCUGCUGGACUUCUGCGGCCAGGUGUGCUUCACCCCACUGGAGGCCCUGCUCUCCGACCUCUUCCGGGACCCAGACCACUGUCGCCAGGCCUUCUCCGUCUACGCCUUCAUGAUCAGCCUUGGGGGCUGCCUGGGCUACCUCCUGCCUGCGAUCGACUGGGACGCCAGCGCCCUGGCCCCCUACCUGGGCACCCAGGAGGAAUGCCUCUUCGGCCUGCUCACUGUCAUCUUCCUCACCUGCGUGGCGGCCACGCUGUUUGUGGCCGAGGAGGCCGCGCUGGGUCCGGCUGAGCCGGCGGAAGGGCUGGCUGUCCCCCCGGGGCCGCACUGCUGCCCGUGCCACACCCACCUGGCUUUCCGGAGCCUGGGCGCGCUGUUUCCCCGGCUGCACCAGCUCUGCUGCCGUGUACCUCGCACCCUGCGCAGACUAUUUGUGGCUGAGCUGUGCAGCUGGAUGGCUUUCAUGACCUUCACGCUGUUCUACACGGACUUUGUGGGCGAGGGGCUGUACCAGGGUGUGCCCCGGGCUGAGCCGGGCACCGAGGCCCGGAGACACUAUGAUGAAGGGGUCCGGAUGGGCAGCCUGGGGCUGUUCCUGCAGUGCGCAGUGUCCCUGCUCUUCUCACUGGUCAUGGACCGGCUGGUGCAGCGAUUCGGCACCCGGGCCGUCUAUCUGGCCAGCGUGGUGGCCUUCCCCGUGGCUGCCGGCACCAUGUGCCUGUCCCGCAGCGUGGCCGUGGUGACCACGUCGGCUGCCCUCACCGGCUUCACCUUCUCCGCCCUGCAGAUCCUGCCCUACACGCUGGCCUCCCUCUACCACCGGGAGAAGCAGGUUUUCCUGCCCAAAUACCGAGGAGAUGCCGGAAGCAGUGCCAGUGAGGACAGCCUGAUGCCCAGCUUUCCACCUGGCCCCAAGCCCGGAUCUCCCUUCCCCAAUGGACACAUGGGUGCUGGAGGCGGCGGCCUCCUCCCUUCUUCACCUGUGCUCUGUGGGGCCUCUGCCUGCGACGUCUCCAUGCGGGUGGUGGUGGGCGAGCCGCCUGAGACCAGGGUCAUCCCGGGCCGGGGCAUCUGCCUGGACCUUGCCAUCCUGGACAGUGCAUUCCUGCUGUCCCAGGUGGCCCCGUCCCUGUUUAUGGGCUCCAUUGUUCAGCUCAGCCAGUCUGUCACUGCCUACAUGGUGUCGGCUGCGGGCCUUGGUUUUGUGGCCAUUUAUUUUGCUACACAGGUGGUAUUUGACAAGAGUGACUUGACCAAAUACUCUGUGUAGAGUCCCUGUGACCCACUGAGGGUCACCACCGAGGACCCUGCCUCCCUGGGUCCCAACCCCUCCCCCACCCCCCAAAGCGGAUCCAGUUGGCCCCCUGGGGGGGCCUUCCAGUGUGUCCCUGCCAAAGUGGUGUGGCUCUCUGCUGCCACCCCGUGGCGGUGAGGUGCAGAGCUGCACAGGUAGGGGACUGGGGCUUCUCUUUUUCUCUCUCUCUCUCUCUCCACCAGUCUUCCGGGCUGGCUGACUGUUGGUCCAAACGGGCUUCAGUCUGGAUUUCUCCAGGGAGGCCAGAAGGGUAGGGCAUUUCCUUAGCUCCGUGCACUGGAAUGCGGGACUCUGCAGGGAGAUGACUCAGGCAGGGUUAACUGCUAGUGUCCUGGUCAAGACAUACCCAGAGAAGGGAUUUGGAGAGCUCAGUAACCUCGACCACCUGGUCUCUCAUCUCCAAGCCCUCUUAUCCCAUAGAUUCCUUUGAUGUUGUCUUGCAUGGAAGUUUCUAGUAUGAAACUCCUCUGCAGUAUUUGAGACUAUGAAAGUUAUUUGUGGGGAGAGAGGAAGCCGCCUGGUCGCAUGGCACUGCCUUCUCCCAUCCCCCAACAACUACAUUUGAUCAGGACAUGGCUUGUUGGCCCCUAUGUUGCCAUCAUAGGGACACAGGCCUUUAAAUAUUUAACUUAUUUAUUUAACUAAGUAGAGGGGAAUCAAUUCCCAGCUCUGCCAUCUCGGUGUCUCAGAGGUGAGAUCGCCAGUGGGCCCCGGGAGGCAUCUGGUUUAUCGGGCUGAGCAUUGCCAGAAUCAUCUUCCCUUGGGUGAUCAGUCUGGCCCUAAAACUGCCUAACCCAGGAGCUUGGAAGCUCUGCUUACCCAGCUGAUAUCCCAAAUCAUGUUACCCAAGACUGGGGGAGCUGGGGGUGAGUGAAGGGGGGGGCUCCGGGUCUCAGCAGCCUCCCUAGCCUCCCCUCCUCUCUUGGCCCAGCCCACCCCCCACCCCCACUCCCCUCUGCUCUCUCCAGGGCUGGACUGAUGAAGGAGCUGCCCACCCCUCCACCCCGUUUCCCCACUGACUCCACAACCCUCUCCCUGGGGCUGUUCCAGGAUCGGAAGCACAGAGUGUGGCUCCUCAAGAGCUUUUAUCCGUCUCAGCCCCCAGGGCAUAUCCGUGCUUGGGGAAUCUCGCACGGAAACUCAGGAGUACCCCCUGCCUGGGCUAAGGAGGUCUUAUCUCUGGGGGGUUUAAAGUGCCGUUUGCAAUAAUGUUAUGUCUUAUUUAUUUAGUGGAGUAAAUAUUUUAUACUGUUUGUGAGCAAUCAGAGUAUAAUGUUUAUGGUGAUGAAAUUAAAGGCUUCUUAUAUGUUUCA